GGAAGUCCAGCCAACGACGCAGAAAUACAAACGGCAACACCACCGCCACCACCAGCAACAAUGAAUGGACAGUCCAGCAUUGUGACUUUAAGGCCCGUGCGACUGCUACAAUACGUCCAAGACGACAAUGCAGAAUCAAGGCCACCAUCACCCACGGCAAACGGUGGUGCCGCCAAUAAUAAAGCUGACAAGAGCACUGAAGGGGACAUCCCGAACAGUGAUCCAGCAGCUGAUGGUGCAGGGACACGAAAAGAAAAACAAAAUGGAAAUAAAGAAGCCAAUCCGAAAGAAAAACCAGUCGAAGCCACAGCCAAGAAAAAUACAACGGCGACGAGUGGCGACAGUGACGGCGGCACCGCGGCCUCCCACACCACCUCCCCUCUUUUGCUUCUUCUUGUUGUUGCGUGUGCGGCUGCUGCUGCGGUGGUGGCCGCGUGA